AGAGAGAGAGACAGCGAGAGAGAGAGAGACAGGGAUCAAGAACAGGCAAAAGGGUCCAUCACUCGAAGACGAUAAUGAGCAACCUAGUGAAGAAAAUGUGGUGCUGCGGAGCCAAAAGCUUCGCUUCCGUCGAUGCCGAGGAGGCGGCCGUCCCAGAAGGCCACGUCCGCGUCUACGUAGGCAAGGACGCCCCGUGCAAGUUCGAGAUGGAGGCCAACUACCUGAACCACCCGCUGUUCGAGAACCUGCUCCGGCUGUCGGAGGAGGAGUUCGGCUACUCCUACGACGGCGCGCUGCGGAUCGCCUGCGAGGUCGACCUCUUCCAGUACCUCGUCCACCUCCUCAAGACCAGCAACCCCACCGCGCAUUACAUGGAGCUUCCCGACCUCAUCUCCAAGUUCCACACCAGUCAUAACGCCGGCGACGCCAAGAACGCCAGACACUUGCCUCAUCGCUCUCGAUGAAUCUCGGCCUCAUUCUUUUUUUCGGGUCCCCGAACACCAUUC